GCUGUUCUUCGUUUUUUUUCUUCUCAACUUCUACUUUUUCGAUGUUCUUUCUUUUUUUUUUUCUCAAAAGCAUGAGCUGAGAAAUCGUUCAUAUCAAUUAAGUAGAAUUCUGGAGAAGUAAAUGGAUCAGGAAGGUGUUAUUGAGGUUGCGAAUUUGAUUUUGGUUAGGGUUCUUAUUGAUUGAAGAACGGUGAAACAGUAAGAAAUCAAAUUAGGGUUUCUGGAGUUAGUAUUGACUUUGUGUAAAAUCGAAGGAGGAAUUGGUGGAUUGAAUAACAGAAGGAGGAGAUGGUGGAGUUGUAUUAACUCGGGUUAUAAAGGCUAGAGUGAAUCAGAGAGAGGAAGUUAGGGUUUGAAAAUUUAUUUAAGGUUCAAUUUAGUGAUAGAGGAGAAGAAAUCGAAGACUGGGUUUGGUGGUUUGAGAAGUGAAUCGAUGUUUUGAACAUUGAUUAUAGAGAAGAUUCAGAGAAGGUAGUUGUGCUGCAUUUGAGCUGAGAUUGGUUUCAAGUUGAAGAGAUGGUAGUUUUGCUGUUGAUCUCUCGAUGGAUAAUAUGAUGAGGACUUGGACCUGAUGUGGUUGUUGUGAUGUGUUUCUGAGAUGAAUAUGGUGUUUGUGAAUGAAUGAUUCAGAUGGGUUAUGAUUGAUAGAAGAAUAGGUGGGAUGGUUAUGAAGUAGGAAUGAUGAUGGUGUUGUUAUGCCAUGAAGUUGGUGGAAGAACAGGAAGGGAAUAUGGUGUUAGUUUAAUGGGUAUUGAGGAUAUGGUACCGUAGAAUUGGUUGAGAAUAUUCAAAAGUUGUGGAUGAUUGGGUUGCAGCUGAACUGACAGGGAAAGUAUGGAAUUCGUGGAGUUGCUUCUGUGAGGUGGAUGGAUGAUAUGAAGGAUAAGAAAACAGUGGUUUUGCUGAGAAUGUUGUAGAAGCAGGCAUUGCCUUCACUACAGGUUGCUCUCUAAAUUGGUUCCAAUUGGAGGAAACUAUAGGCUUUUUGAUGUCCCAACAAUUGCUGCAUAACCAUCUUAUCAGUUAUCAUAUCAUAAUUUUAGAUUCAUUGGAAUAUUUUAGUUGCCUACUGCUAUUAAUUGCUAGGACGGUCCUUGCUUUCUCGAAUUGUUUGCAUACAGGAUGCGAAGAAAAAAAACGUUGAGCAUCGCGACCAGAUGUGGUACAUGUUCAACGUAAAUGCAUUGAGUGUGGAGCUUUCUUCUACUUCGCGCUCCUUCUGUAUGGAUUCAAAAGUCACAAAUAGGAAGCUCUGCGAGUACAUGUUUUCUCGAGAUAUUCAUUGCUAUUUAUUUCCAAAUAACAUAUUUGCAAUUCAGCAGUGGUGUUCCAACAACGUUCCUCAUGCCAAAGAGCAGCUUGCACAUGUAUACAGAGCUUUGCUUCAGCCGGCAAUUCUGGAGUUCCAUCAACAGAGCCGACUACAUGGCACUUCGCUUUGGGUUUCUUACCGAUUGCCUACAUCGAGUUUUCUGAUGCCCAAGCUUUCAACAAAAGCAAGCCUGCAAAGGAUAUAAAGCUUAGCUGCAAGGG